AUGCGGUAUUUUCCUCUCAUCCCUAGACUAAAGAGGCUUUACAUGUCUUCUAAAACAAUAGAGGACAUGAGAUGGAACUUUGACCGCAAGGAUGAAAAGAUCAUUAGUCACCCGGCAGAUGGUGAAGCUUGGAAAAAAUUUGAUCAAAGAUAUGAGGAAUUCGCCAAAGACCCUCGUAGUGUUAGAUUGGGUCUAGCAAGUGAUGGUUUUAAUCCAUAUCGUCUGAUGAAUACUAGUUACAGUACAUGGCCAGUGAUCCUGAUUCCUUAUAAUUUUCCACCAUGGCUUUGUAUGAAGUCAACGUCAUUCAUUUUGUCUUUGAUCAUUCCUGGUAAGUUUGUUCCCGCUAUGGAUAUUGAUGUGUAUUUGCAACCACUAAUCCAUGAGUUAAAAUUAUUGUGGGAAGGUGUAGAUGCCUUUGAUGCUCAUAGUGGAAAACGUUUAAAAAUGCGAGCAGCCUUACACUCCACUAUAAAUGACUUUCCAGUAUAUGCUAUGUUGUCGGGUUGGAGUACGAGAGGUUAUAAAGCUUGCCCUACUUGUGCUAAUUCUGGUUGUGCGUAUAAUUUUGGUGGUAAAAUUGUCUAUCAUGGAGCUCGAAAAUGGUUACCAAUUGAUCAUCCUUAUCGUUCUCAAGCAAGCUUAUUUGAUGGGGAAGAGGAAUAUGGUCUUGCUCCGAUUCCCGUAAGCGGGACAGAAGUUUUGAAGCAACAAGAAAAAGUUAAGUAUGUUUAUGGAAAGUCAAAAAGUGUUCCUAAAAAAAGAGGGAGACAAGAAGAUGAUGAAAUUGAUGACGAUAAUGAUGAUGAUCAGGAUGAUGUCGUGCUGUGGAAAAAGAAAAGUAAACUUUUCGAAUUAGAAUAUUGGGAACAUAAUCCUCUUAGACAUAAUUUAGAUGUUAUGCACAUUGAGAAGAAUGUGUGUGAUAAUUUCUUAGGAACUCUUUCAGGUAUGGAGAAGAGUAGAGAUGAUAAGAAUGCUAGAUUGGCCCUUAAAGCACGGAACAUAAAAUCUCAUCUUUGGCCUGAAUCUCAUCCAAAUCGUGUUAAGGACUAUUUGCCUCCGGCUGCUGAUAUCCUUCAUGUCGCUUUAAGAGCAUCGAAUGCCACAAAAGUAAUUGAUUUGCUUGAUGAAUUGUCGGACUUUUUCAAGAAGAUAUGUUCAACUGCUAUUGAAAGAAGUGAAUUAGAUUCCAUUCAGUCGAGGCUUGUGUUGACUCUUUGUAAGAUGGAGAAAGAGUUUCUGCCAACAUUUUUCACAAUCAUGGUGCAUCUACUAAUUCAUUUAGUAGAUGAGGUCAAACUCGGUGGACCUGUUCAUUAUAGGUGGAUGUAUCCCAUUGAGAGGUACUUGGCCUUUUUGAAAUCUCAUGUAAGUAAUAAAGCGCAACCAAAAGGAUCCAUAGCAGAAGGGUACCUUUUAUGGGAGACAAUUGCAUUUUGUUCGAGAUAUCUAGAAAGUGUUGAGACCAUAUUCAACAGACCGAAGAGGAACGAAGAUGGUGUUCCAGACAUCAAUAACUAUUUAUACUACUCAGGUGGUCGUGUAGUUGGGAUGAAAGAAAAUGUUCGUCUUGAUGACGAAAGUGUAAAGCAAGCACAUUGCUAUGUUUUGCUUCAUUCAGAUGAGAUGAAACCGGUUCUUGAUGCCUUCAUACAACAAAAACGACAAGAGAAUCAAGUCGGAGGAGGUCAAGAAAAUCAGUUGAUAGUCGAUGAAUUUCCCGAUUGGUUGCAUAACCAGGCCAAUAACCUAGAUGAUAGCACGAAAGAAGGAAAAUUGAGAAAAUCCUUAGCAGGUGGUUUAAGCAAUCGCGGGAAAAGGAUGAAAAGCGUUAUUAUCAAUGGCUAUAAAUUUGACAACGUGGAUCGUGAGCGAUCUCGAAAGACUCAAAAUUCUGGAAUUAUGGUAGAAGUUGACGGCCAAGAGUAUUAUGGAAAACUAAAAGAAAUAUUAGAACUUGAUUAUUAUGGUUCUUUCAAGGUUCUAAUGUUCCGAUGUGAUUGGGUUGAUAUACGAAGGGGUUUCAAAACAUACCCGAGUGGCAGAGUUCGUGUUAAUUUCUCGAAGUUGAUGCACACUGGUCAAAAUUUGAAAGAUGAUCCGUUUAUUUUCUCUUCUCAAGCGAAACAAGUUUUUUACAUCGAGGAUGAGAUACCAAAAGGAUGGUUUCAUGUUAUUAAGACUAAGCCUAGGGACUUGUUUGAUAUACCCGACGAUGAUGAUGAUGAUGAUGAGUAG